AUGGAAAUGGAUAUAGACAAAAAUACCACCCAAAAUUUCAGUCGCUACGCCAAUAAAUAUGGCAAGGUCCUAAACAAUACCCAACUAUAUUGUCUCCUACAUGGUAUUAUCCUGUAUAUCGACCAUGUUCGUCGGUCAAUUAAGGAUGCAAAGUUUCCUGAAGAACAACACAACACCGAAGAGAACAAGAAACGUUUUGAAGGUCUCGCUGUGGUGAUAAAGGAUUUGCAGGAUCUCACAGAGGUUUGUAAACCGCACAACCUCGAAGAAUAUAAAUUAUUCCGUCAGAUUUUAGGGCUUCAGGAUAACGCCCCAUAUGAAAAGUUACAGUUUGUGAAAAAAGAUUUGGAAGACUUGUUGGUAUAUGGCUGGCAUAUUUAUAAAUUCCCUCAUUCUGACAAUGAUAUGGCCUUUCGAAAAACCAAGUUCUCCAACCAUUAUCGUGCUGAUUUGGAUUUUCAUUGUGACUUACCUCAAGUGAUUUCUCUUUACCUUAAUGAACUUUGCGAAAACCCACCUUUAGUGUCAAACUUAAGGCUUCCAAUUCCAGGUGAACCCUUCCCAAUUUCAAAAGAGCGCUUCCAACAGGCCGCUAAUUUACUUGAUCGAUAUCGUUUCCGUAUGACCAUUGAGCCAGAUGGACGUGAGAGUGCUGCACCAAGUAUGACGGUCAUGGACCUUUUCCAAUCUUUUGCGGCAAUCACAAAGUUGAAUGUCCUAAAUUCCCAGUCUUCUGUUAGCGUUUCACUCAAUCGCGCGAAGGCGACGGAACUCAAAGAAAAGGGAAACAAAGCCCAGAAGACUUCCAGAGGUCUUGCCUUAAGUUACUAUUCUCAAGCGCUAAUGGUUGAACCAAGUAACCCGAUCAUCCUUUCUUCCAGGGCCGCCAUGUUCCAGGAGUUAGAUUUCCAUGAUGAUGCUAUAAACGAUCUUAAACUUGCACUUUCUAUUAACCCAGCUUUUGCAGUAGCGUAUGCUCGUCUAGCAUUUUCAUAUCUACAUAUAGGCAAUGCCUUUGCAUCAAUGAAGGAGUACGUCAAAGCUAUCAAAGCAUCCCAAGGUAUGAUUCUCCCAAAUGGAUUCGAUUCAACUAAUGAGUCCAAACUUAAGCGUUAUAUUUCAGAAUGUAAACGCAAAACCUUGCCGCAUUUCAUAACGAAAAUGGUUGUUUCUUUGCGUAUAGCCGAAGCCAGAGCUCGUCAGCAAGGAAUAAACCCAGAGGAGCUAAGAAAUGUCAAAGAAGAUAUAAAGAGUAUCAUUGCGCGAUAUAGCGGUCGUGGAUCUACUAUGAACGGAAGAAAUGCUACUGCUCCUUCGGGUGCGCUUUUCACAAUGCCAGCUGUGACCUCGAUUCAGAUUCCAAAUCAAGGGCCAAAUACUGGUGUUGAUAAUACCAAUAAUAAUACCAAUGGAAAUACAACGCUAGGUGGUAAUGGCAUGGUUUUCAAUCUUGCUGAUGAAGCGAAUGGGGCGACUAAUCCACAAGAGGCCAUUGAAAGAUAUAUCCAAUUGACGUCAAAUAUUUUUCGUGGAAAUAAUAAUCGUGAUGGGAACCCGUUCACUGUAUUUGGGGGUGGGCAGGGAACAACAACUACUACCACUACAACCACAACCACUACUGAAACAACUAAUAAUGAAAGCAAUAAUAAUGAAAGCAAUAAUAAUGAAAGCAAUAAUAAUGAAGAAAACGCCAGCAACAGUGAAAACAACAUUAACAAUGAAUCUGGCAACAAUGGCAAUGGUGAUACUACUAGCACUUCAGCAGCCGUUAGUGAUAAUAAUACCGAAGAUCCGGGAGAUAUUGAUAUCGAUAGUGUAAGAGAAACUCCACAGGCGAAUACUAACAUCAAUGAUAACAAUAACAAUCAUUCCAAUCCUCAAGGUAACAAUGGUCAAAAUAAUGGUGGCAACAACAAUAACAAUAGCUUUGGUAGCAUGUUUGGAAACUUAAUCAUGAGCACUGUUGGGCCAAUGAUUCAACGUGAGGUGCAAAAUUUGACUGGUGCAAACGGUGAACCUGCAAAUGCUACGAUAUUAACCAGUAUAGUGAAUGGUAAUGGACCUCCUCAGGUUUUUAGAAUGGAUGGGAAUUUUGCCCCUCCAAAUGGAAGUCAACAGGAAAAUGGCAAUGGUAAUUCCAGAACCUCAACAACUGCCAACAGUGAUAAUGGAGCGAAUGUUAAUUCUUCAAGUCGAGAUAAUCAAAAUAGAGAUGAUGGUGAAGAAAGCAAUAAUAAUAUGGACAUCGAUCUUGAUUGA